AUGAGGCCGCGGCCCGACGGUCGGGGGCUCCGGGCGGGAGCCGCGCUGUCGCCCGCGCUGCUGCUGCUGCUGCUGCUGCCGCCGCCGCCACUGCUGCCGGGACGCCUGUGGGCGGCGGGCACACCCGCGCCGGCGGCACCUGGGGCUCGGCAGGACGGCGCGCCGAGCGCCGGGCGCGUGAAGCGCGGCUGGGUGUGGAACCAGUUCUUCGUGGUGGAGGAGUACACGGGCACCGAGCCCCUGUACGUGGGCAAGAUCCACUCGGACUCCGACGAGGGUGACGGGGCCAUCAAGUACACCAUCUCAGGUGAGGGAGCUGGGACCAUCUUCCUGAUCGAUGAGCUGACGGGAGACAUCCACGCCAUGGAGCGCCUGGACCGUGAGCAGAAAACUUUCUACACGCUGCGGGCUCAGGCCCGGGAUCGUGCCACCAACCGCCUGCUGGAACCAGAGUCAGAGUUCAUCAUCAAAGUGCAGGACAUCAACGACAGUGAGCCCCGCUUCCUGCACGGCCCCUACAUUGGAAGUGUGGCUGAGCUCUCACCUACAGGCACGUCGGUGAUGCAGGUGAUGGCCUCUGAUGCAGAUGACCCCACGUACGGCAGCAGCGCUCGGCUGGUGUACAGCGUGCUGGAUGGCGAGCACCACUUCACCGUAGACCCCAAGACCGGUGUGAUCCGGACGGCUGUGCCCGACCUUGACCGCGAGAGCCAGGAGCGCUACGAAGUGGUGAUCCAGGCCACAGACAUGGCAGGCCAGCUGGGCGGCCUCUCCGGCUCCACGACCGUCACCAUCGUGGUCACUGAUGUCAAUGACAACCCACCCCGUUUCCCUCAGAAGAUGUACCAGUUCAGCAUUCAGGAGUCAGCCCCCAUCGGCACAGCUGUGGGACGAGUGAAGGCUGAGGACUCAGACGUGGGUGAGAACACAGAUAUGACUUACCACCUCAAGGAAGAGAGCGGCAGCGGCGGCCAAGUGUUCAAGGUCACCACGGACAGCGACACUCAGGAGGCCAUCAUCGUCGUGCAGAAGCGCCUGGACUUUGAGUCCCAGCCCGUGCACACCGUGGUCCUGGAGGCCCUCAACAAGUUCGUGGAUCCCCGCUUCGCUGACCUGGGCACGUUCCGCGACCAGGCGAUCGUGCGCGUGGCCGUGACCGACGUGGACGAGCCCCCCGAGUUCCGGCCGCCCUCCGGCCUCCUGGAGGUGCAGGAGGACGCGCAGGUGGGCUCCCUGGUCGGCGUGGUGACGGCGCGGGACCCCGACGCCGCCAACCGGCCCGUCCGGUACGCCAUUGACCGCGACUCGGAUCUGGACCAGAUCUUUGAUAUCGAUGCGGACACGGGCGCCAUCGUGACGGGCAAGGGCCUGGACCGUGAGACGGCCGGCUGGCACAAUAUCACCGUGCUGGCCAUGGAAGCGGACAAUCAUGCCCAGCUCUCCCGGGCAUCGCUAAGGAUCCGAAUCCUGGAUGUGAACGACAAUCCCCCAGAGCUGGCCACUCCCUAUGAGGCAGCCGUGUGUGAGGACGCCAAGCCAGGACAGCUUAUCCAGACCAUCAGCGUGGUGGACAGAGACGAGCCUCAGGGUGGGCACCGCUUCUACUUCCGCCUGGUGCCCGAAGCUCCCAGCAACCCUCACUUCUCCCUGCUUGACAUCCAAGACAACACGGCUGCGGUGCACACGCAGCACCUGGGCUUCAACCGGCAGGAGCAGGACGUGUUCUUCCUGCCCAUCCUGGUGGUGGACAGCGGGCCGCCCACGCUGAGCAGCACCGGUACACUCACCAUCCGCAUCUGCGGCUGUGACAGCUCGGGCGCCAUCCAGUCCUGCAACACCACGGCCUUCGUCAUGGCCGCCACCCUCAGCCCUGGCGCCCUCAUCGCCCUCCUGGUCUGUGUCCUCAUCCUAGUAGUGCUGGUACUGCUGAUCCUCACCCUCAGACGCCACCACAAGAGCCACCUGAGCUCGGACGAGGACGAGGACAUGCGGGACAACGUCAUCAAAUACAACGACGAGGGCGGCGGCGAGCAGGACACGGAGGCCUACGACAUGUCGGCGCUGAGGAGCCUCUACGACUUCGGCGGCGAGCUCAAGGGCGGCGACGGGGUCGGCGGUGCCGGGGGCCCGGGCGGGAGCGGGGGCGCAGGCAGCCCCCCGCAGGCCCGCCUGCCCUCGGAGCGCCACUCGCUCCCGCAGGGGCCACCGAGCCCCGAGCCGGACUUCUCGGUGUUCAGGGACUUCAUCAGCCGCAAGGUGGCGCUGGCGGACGGGGACCUGUCGGUGCCGCCCUACGACGCCUUCCAGACCUACGCCUUCGAGGGCGCGGACUCGCCGGCCGCCUCGCUCAGCUCGCUGCACAGCGGCUCGUCGGGCUCCGAGCAGGACUUCGCCUAUCUCAGCGGCUGGGGCCCGCGCUUCCGGCCCCUGGCCGCGCUCUACGCCGGCCACCGCGCGGACGACGAGGCCCAAGCCUCCUAG